AUGGGGAAUGAAGAUAAGAUCCAUCUUUGCCUGUUCAAGGAUGCCUUAAUUUCUUCUAGUUACACUGGAAGUGUGUCCCUCUCACUCAGAAAGGCAUGUGCCCUGCGCCUAAGUGAAUCGGUCAAGCGGAGUAACAUGAGCCUAACUGGAAGGCGUGAUUCUACCGGUCUCCCCAUUACUGUCCAGCAAAAGAAGUGUAGCAAUCCAGUUGCUGAAAGCGUGAUGAACACCAUAUAUGGAACAGGCAUAAACGAGUUUGGGAACAAAGUUGAUGUUACAGAUGCCAAUGGCAUGAAGCCACACAACGUCAUACCAUGCCGAACAAUACUGGCAUAA